AUGGUCCUGGUGGCGGCUGUGAACUGGGUGCUUUUCCGCUUCCGGAUCCAAUCCAAACUGGCGGACACGUUCAUGAUCCCGAGCUCAGGGGUGGUGGCCCUCAUCCUCAUCAACUGCCUCUACAUCCUCCAGAACUUCCUCGUCGUCGCCUCCUACCUCAACUCCGACCGGCGGCUCCCGCGGCUCCUGGCCAGUCUCGACGCCUAUGACGUCACCCGGGCACGCCUCGGCUACGUCAGGAAGUACCACCUCCCGCACAUCCCCAACCUCCUCAGCUUCGUCCUCAUCGCCGCUUACUUCACCUACAGCGAGUGGUCCCAGGUAGUCGAGAUUUCCUCAGCGCUUGAUGGGGCCCCCUCGGAGACUCUGCUGCCUGCCCUGGGCUGGGCGGUCAUCCUUCUGUACUACUUCUUGGUAUGGGACAUCGUGCCCUACCUGAUCAUCCUCUUCUGCCUGGAGAUCAAGUGGCGUUUCGCGGAGCUACGGCGGCUCACCGGGUUCUGCCUCGCUUCCGCCGGGCCCCGCCAGGUGGCGCUCGCCGUCAAACGGGACGCCGUUCUCGAGGAGCUGCGCCUCCUCCACGCCGAGCUCUGUCGCGCCACCUCGCUCCUCAGCGACACCUUCGGCUUCCAGCUCCUGGUCAUGUUCCUCAAUAAGUACUUGAACAUCGUCUUCACUCUUUACUUGGGUUUCUUUCAACGGGACAUGGACAUCGACGGUAACAUCCAGGUCUUGGUCUUCGACUACGUCAACGCUUUCAUCAUCUCCUUCCUCAGCGAGAAAAUCGACCAGGAGAGUAAAAUGUUCGAGACUGAUCUAGAAGUUGUCAAGUUUGAUCAUCUCUCAAAAGACGCUCAAAUUGUGGUACAAUUAUUUCUCAGUCAAACACGGCUCCGAUCAAUCAAAAUCAACGUUUGCGGGUUUUUCAUCCUUGAUCGACUUCUGUUUUCCUCUAUGACGGUAACUCUCGUGACGCAUUUUAUCGUCAUCAUGGAGAUGACGCCCGAUUUGCAUAGACUCCUCAAAGGGAUGGUCGACCCGGCCCGGUAUGAUGGCAGUAAGGAUCCGGAGUGGACUAAAUCCCUUUUGAAAAAUAAAUAGGACUCUUCCUUAAAAUUUCCAAAAUUUCCAAAAUUUCCAAAAUCUCAACUUUCAUACGAAUAUAUGAUCGGACCCCGGAGGGAAAAGGACCCUGCUAACACACAUUUUAGGGAAAAUAACACUGAAAAAUACU